AUGCUUCUGAGCCCCGGCACCUCCACCCCGUUCUCUGUCAAAGACAUCCUGCGGCUGGAGCGCGAGCAGAGCCGCCCCAAGGCCUCUCCACUCCCGGUGGUUCGGGGGAGCCGGGAAAACUCUCGGUGCCUGCAGUUGGACCCGGAACCGCUCGGAUGGGAGGUUCUCAACACCAAUAGCGGCGGCAACAGAAGGAGGCAGGAAGGUUCAGAGCCUCCGGAGGGUCCCUGUGAGACGGUCUGGGAAAUGGAUGCGGAACGGGUGGAGGAGCCAAAGCCCGGCCUGAGCGCGGCCUCGUCCCGCGGCGGCGGGCCCAGGGUGCCCGAGCGCGGCGUGGGCACCGGCGGUGGCGGCGCGGAGCGGCCCAGGGCGCGGCCGCGGCGGAAGCCGCGCGUGCUCUUCUCGCAGAUGCAGGUGCUGGAGCUGGAGCGGCGCUUCAAGCAGCAGCGGUACCUGUCGGCGCCCGAGCGCGAGCACCUGGCCAGCGCGCUGCAGCUCACAUCCACGCAGGUCAAGAUCUGGUUCCAGAACCGGCGCUACAAGUGCAAGCGGCAGCGCCAGGACAAGUCCCUGGAACUGGCGGGCCACCCCCUCGCGCCGCGGCGGGUGGCGGUGCCCGUGCUGGUGCGGGACGGCAAGCCCUGCCUGGGACCCGGCGCGCCGGCCUUCCCGAGCCCCUAUGGCCCCGCCGCGGCGCCCUAUUCCAGCUACGGAGGCUACGCCGGCGCCCCCUACGGUGCGGGCUACCGCGGUGGCUACGCGGCUGGGCCCCCAGGCCCCGCGCCGUCCGCACCUCUGGCCCGCGGGGGCAUCGGCGGCGGAGGCCCUGGCGGAAGCCCGGAGGGCCAUCUGCCUGCCACGCUGCAGGGCGUCAGGGCGUGGUGA